AUUUCGCAAGCUUCUUGCAUUUUACAUCCACAUCCCGUGUAAAACCACCAACACCAUCCACACAAUGGCCGUCUGGGAAGGAAAGAAGUACAAGAUGGAGAAGUCGGAGGGAUUCGAUGACUACAUGAAGGCUCUCGGUGUCGGCAUGGUACUCCGCAAGCUUGGCAACAGUAUCUCGCCCACGGUGGAGCUGGUGAAGAACGGUGACGAGUACACGUUCAACACGCUGUCCACCUUCAAGAACACGACGAUCAAGUUCAAGCUGGGCGAAGAGUUCGACGAGGAAACCGUCGAUGGCCGCAUGGUCAAGUCCGUCUGCACCUUUGAUGGCAACAAGCUGAUCCAUGAGCAGAAGGGCGAGAAGCCGACCACGAUCGUGCGCGAGUUCACUGCCACCGAUCUGACCGCCACCAUGACUGCCGGUAACGCCAAGUGCGUCCGCUACUACAAGGCUGUAUAA